GAGCGCGACGGCCCGCAGUCGGCCGGCGUGGCUCGCGGUGAUAGGGUGAGAAAUUUUGCGUCGCUCGCUCGCACGCAACGCACGUCGAAUUUCGAUUCGCGCGUGUCGCCGGCCGCGCGAUCAAUUUUGUGAAAGUGUAUCGCGCCGAGGCCGGACUUCUGCGUCUUCGACCUACGUCUUACGAUGGUCUGACCCAUCGGAACGGACAGACGGAGAGACGCACUUACCUUGCAGAUCGCGAGGAGGAGCGCGCGCGUGGGAGGUGAGUUAUGACGAGAAAUCGAUGACCGAGGCGUCCCCCGCAACGUCCGUUUCGUCAUUCCGUGGCACCGAUCGAAAUACACGCGCCCCUGUGAAUCAUGUCGACGAGGACCAGGCGGCCCAGCAUAUCGAUCUACGAUUACCCGGAACACCUGAACCCCUUCAACGACGACAUAACGAACUCGCAGCCGCCGAUAUACCGCGAGGGUAAGACGCCCAAGGAACCCAGGAAUAAGUUCUGGACGUUCGGCAGAAGCCGCAAGAAACGCUCCCACAGCUUCUCAAUCAAGUCUACUUGGAAUGGGCUGUUCGGUAAGCGCAAGGAAAACGUGGAACCGAACGAAAAGAGGUCGACGAUCACAACAGUAUCGACGACGUACAAGAGAGAGCCUUAUGACAGACCGAUAGCACCUGCACGCUUGUCCAAGGACCAGCAGGAGUUCGACGAGGCGCUGGGCACCUUAGCGAGGAGAAGGAAGUAUACGUUAGACAACAAUGCCUCGAGAUACAACUCGAGUUCGACGGUGAACGGUGAUCCCGCCAGGAUCUACGAUGGAAGCCCGCAGGACACCACGACGUCCAUCAUGGGCGAUCUCACCCCGAAGCCGCCGGCCAGAAGAUUCGGACAGGUGAGUCCGAGACCGACGGACAAAAUACCGCCGUUGAAUUUCGAGGACAAGCAGUCCAAGGAGAACGGAAACAUCAGCUUUCGCGACCAAACGGAAGGAACGCCAAUUCCACCCUUGCGAAGGUUCGGCAACAGAUCGUCGCAAAGACUGAACGCAGGCGCGUCGGACUUGGACGAGGAGGCCCACCGAUCCGGCGACGUGACUCUGAGGGACGAGAAUGAGAACGUUCCCGAGGAUUACGUCUUCAAGAGAUUCAGCCAGGACGCGGUGAGGAGGUCCAACUUGUCUAUCAAUAGCUGCGUCUCCGUUACCAGUACGGCGAGCACGUACGGACGCAAAAAACGGAGAGCGCCGCAACCGCCGCAACGGAAGGAGCCGCAAUUGGAGACUCCUCAGGAGAGCGACGCGCAAGCCGCGGCCGAGGCCACUAAUGUCCCGCUGCAGAUAGUCGAGCCCAUCGAUAUCGCCCGAGUGACGGAGAACAUCGACGAGAUGGUGAAGAAGAACUGCGAUUUGAAGGGAGAUAAAACCGUGAACGAGGACACACCGCGGCAGGAGGGCGAGCAGACGGAAUCACUGCUUCGAAAAAUCAGUGAGAACACAUUGUCCGUCGCGCAGAGCGUUGCGACGGACAAGAGCGACGACGUGAAAGAGAGAGAGGACUCGGAGGAGAAGGUUGCCCGGAGCGCCGAUGAGACGUCCGAGAAAAUCGAGACGAAGGCGGAGAAGUCGCCCGAAGCCGAAGAGGGCCUCGCCGAGAAGCGGGACGAUCCCGUCGACGUGGAGUAUCACAGAACGUCGCAGGAGAAGAUCGAGAUCAUCAAGGACACGAGCGAGGAGGAGGUCUGCCUCAGGAGAGGAGCCGGCUCGUCCAGCACGCUCUCCCGCAGCGACAGCUUCUCCGUGAAAGAGGAGAUCGAGAAGAUCGAGAGGCAGAUCAAGGCCCUGGAGAGCAAGAACGAGCGCAAGGAGCCCGAGCGAGCGGAGGAAGACGGCGCGCUAACGAGCCCGAGAAUGUCCAUACAGGCGAAUCGACGGCACUUCUUCGAGAACAUGGUGACGACCGGGCAGUCCGACAGCGUGAAGAUCGAGUUCAAGGAGCUGCCGCGCGAGCAGAAGGACAUCCACGUGGUCAGAGUGACGGACAAGCCGCUGCCGGCGCCCCGGGAGCCGGUGAAGGUGAUCGAGCUGCACAUCUCGGAGCCGAUCAAGCAGAAGCCCGAGCUGCUGAGCGAGGUGAACCCCAUACCGAAGCCCAGGCGACACAGCGCGCUCAGUCUGAACGACGUGUCCGAGCCCAGGCGCUCGAGGGAUGACGAGAGUCCCGAGGAGGACGGCAAGAGGGGGAAAUCUUUCUGAAGAAGAGGAGAACGCACAAGAUCUGUCUACGACGGAUCACCCGGUGCAAUCCUAACGUUUCCUCGAUUUCUCGACGCGCCCUACUCCGAACGUAAUAUCACGUUUAGCUCGAUGCAACGAGAGGCUCGAAAGGGUGUUACCACGGGCGAGGCGUCGCACGAUGUUGCACGGUACACUGUUCUGUAUCGUGCGCCUCCGUCCGACUUUCACGCUAAAUCGCGCAAUGGUUUCAUACUAACGACGCGCCGUGCGUCUCUGCGACGAAUAGAAUUCGCGAGGGAAUUCUAGCAUUUUUCUUUUUACCGCGCGCCGCACGAUCAUACACGGUCGUCAUCUUCGUUUGAAGAUCGUGGAUGGUUCCACCGCAGAGAAAUGCUUAGAUAUAAUUUUCAUUAUUAUUUAUUGAUACGAGAAAUAAAGUCUAAAGUCUAUCGGA